AUGGCGCCUGCUUAUGAGCUCAAACCAACGGGGCUCGAUCCCACUCUUGAUUUUCCUGUUAAAUUCUGUUUAUUCAAUAUUGCAUGGACCUUCUUGGCCGGUGAAAUCACCGGGAAUGUUAGUCAGGUUGACCGAGUUUGGACGUUCUUACCGGUUAUAUACUCGGCGUACUGGGGCUUGUACCUCCCUCUUUAUGGAAGUGGUGACAACGAAUGGAUCAAGCAACAAGGUAUUAGUCCUAGAGCUGCAUUGAUGGCUUUCUUGCAGGUAUUGUGGUCUUGUCGCUUGAGCUACAAUACUGCUCGACGUGGACUUUUUAAUUUGAAGGACGAGGAUUACCGGUGGGCUAUUUUCCGAGCCAAGGUUCCGUCUUGGCUCUUUAGCCUGUUCAAUUUUGGGUUUGUUGCAUUGACUCAGAAUAUACUACUGUUUUUGAUGGCUCUUCCGUCACACCAUGCUCUUUUCCAACACGAUCUCCCUCUGGCUACUCCCGAUUAUAUCCUCGCAUUUCUGACUGCCGUCGUGCUCGCCACUCAAUUCACAGCCGACAACCAACAAUACGCUUUCCAAACGUUCAAGCAUAGCAGGCCUACUGACAAUACUCGCGCGGUCACUAAUGGUGAUGUUCAAGGCGACCACAAGCCCAAAGGGCAGUUUGGAGCUAACGCUUGGCCUGGAGCGAGACAAGAGUGGACUGAAGAAGAUGUUACGCGCGGGUUUGUGACCAAGGGACUAUGGGCCUGGUCUCGCCACCCGAAUUUCUUGUGCGAACAGACCUUUUGGUACUUGCAAGCGCUCUUCCCAAUCCUUGCUUCUACCUCUAUGUUCGAUUCGAUUGAUCCCGACAAGAUAACUGAAUUAUGGCCACUCGUGCCCCCGUUGGCACUCUCGGCCUUGUUCAUUGCGAGCACUAUGUUUACCGAGUCUAUCUCGCGCGGCAAAUACCCCGGGUAUGAGGCAUACCAAUCUCGCGUUGGAAUGUUUUCUCCCACCGAUACCCUAUGGAAAGGUUUGCUGCUACGCGCUCGCGGAGAACUUGAGAAGGUCAACCAGAUUGUGUAUGGUAACGCACAUGGCAAGACCGAAUGA